AUGGGUGAUACUAGUGACUUGGAUAGACAAAUAGAACAACUUAAAAGGUGUGAAAUUAUCAAAGAAAGUGAAGUAAAAGCGCUAUGUGCUAAAGCAAGGGAAAUACUAGUAGAAGAAAGCAACGUUCAAAGGGUUGAUUCACCAGUCACAGUUUGUGGUGAUAUUCAUGGCCAGUUUUACGACUUAAAAGAACUGUUUAAAGUAGGAGGAGAUGUCCCUGAAACAAACUAUUUAUUUAUGGGUGAUUUUGUAGAUAGAGGGUUCUAUAGUGUUGAAACUUUUUUGUUACUAUUAGCUCUUAAGGUUAGGUAUCCAGAUCGUAUAACGCUUAUAAGAGGCAAUCAUGAAUCUCGUCAAAUUACACAAGUAUACGGCUUUUAUGAUGAGUGUCUGAGGAAAUAUGGUUCAAUCACAGUAUGGAGAUAUUGCACGGAAAUUUUUGACUACCUGUCUCUAUCUGCAAUUAUUGAUGGGAAAAUAUUUUGUGUUCAUGGUGGACUUUCACCUUCCAUACAUACUUUAGAUCAAAUUAGGGUAAUUGAUAGGAAACAAGAAGUUCCUCAUGAUGGACCUAUGUGUGACUUGCUUUGGAGUGACCCAGAAGACACUCAAGGCUGGGGUGUUUCUCCAAGGGGUGCAGGAUAUUUAUUCGGAUCAGAUGUGGUAGCUCAGUUUAAUUCUGCCAAUGACAUAGACAUGAUUUGUAGAGCACAUCAAUUAGUAAUGGAGGGUUAUAAAUGGCACUUCAAUGAGACUGUAUUAACUGUUUGGUCAGCUCCCAAUUACUGCUACAGAUGCGGCAAUGUAGCUGCAAUCUUAGAACUGAACGAGCACCUCCAAAGAGAUUUUACAAUAUUCGAAGCGGCUCCACAGGAAACCAGGGGCAUACCUUCCAAGAAACCACAGGCGGAUUAUUUCCUGUAGAACUGUUAUGUAGUAUUAAAUUAAGACCAUGUUUUGUACCACAGAGUGUCUCACUGUACAGUAACGAACUUUUAACAGGUUAAUUUGUAAUUAUGACUAAUAUUACAGCUGAUUGUAGAGAUAUUCAGCUAGAUUGAAAUAAUAAUAUUUAAUGUUGAUGAAUUUUGUAACUGUAAAUUUUUCUUGGACUAGUAAUUUAUUUUAUUUUAUUCUUAGAUUUCUUUCGUGAAACCGACGUUUCUAAUUUUUAACCCUUGAUGGCAUUUUUUCUCAAAAAUUCUUUUAUUUUAACUACACGCUUGACUUAUCAAAUUGUGAUUUAUGAUUUAUAUCGACUUUUUCAUAUGCUAGAUCUCGAUUCUGCAACUAGGUUUUGAGAUACAGGGUGUUAAAAGUUAUUCUUAAAACGUUAAGUGACAUGGUUCUCAAUGACUAUCUCAUUUUGGAUUACUAGAAAAAAUUCUGGAACGGUUAUAAGUGAUGGCCAUGGUUUUUCUGGUUAAUUUGGGCUGAAAGGACAAACUAUGGAAAUCCCUUGGUGCUUAACGUGUUAAAAGAAGUGCAUUAGAUUUGUUUGCUUAAUAUUUUUUACAUUCCUUAACCACACACACAUAAACGACCAAAAAUUAACAAUAUUUCUGCCGCGAAAAAAAUCAUGAAUGACUGUAAAUAGUCAAUCUCUGCAUAUAAAAAUAUAACUAAAUUUUUCAUCCUGUAUCUUAAAAACUGUGUCGAGUUUCUGGAAAAAUUCAUAUAUUUUACACUAUAAAAUCCUUUUUAUUCAAAUUAAAACAUGAAAUCUUCAUUUUCAUCAUUUUUUAAAUCUCUCAAAGAAAACUGCAUUGCUGGUGACCUCACAUCACUGAGUCUCGGUUAUUUUUUUCAAUUCUCAGUACAGCUAUUCAUUGUGAUGUACAGUGGCUUCUCACAUAAAAAUUGGCCAGUUUAUUGUGAUGCUAUGUCACUUUCUUUUAAUGUAUAUUACCUUUUCACAGAUAUUGUGAUGGCUUGCUUAGUCCAGUUUUUUCUGAUGCUCAUCGCCUUCUUACAGCUCUUAAUGAGUCAGUUCCUUCUGGGUCGGUUUUUGCCAAUGUCCAUUGCAUUUUCACAGCUUCGUUGCUGAGGUUAUUGUGAUGACUGGCUAUAUCAUUUUCUGUUCUAAAGACUAUAGACUUUUCACAGCUUAGGAGUCAGUUUGUUGUGAUACUUAUCAUAGCCUUGCUUGGUCAGUUAGUUGUCACCUCAGUAAGUCAAUUUAUUGUGACGCCAGGUAAUUUUUUACAGCUUUAUAACGGUUU